AUGCCUAGUCAAGAUGAAGAGUUGACCAGGUUUGAAAUCCUAGAUUCCAACUUGCGCGGAUUGCUACAGAGGGACACGGUUGCCAACAUUAUCAGGCGACACUUGAAGAAGGAUGAAUCGAAAUUGCGCGAGUUUGACUUGAUCCGAGCCGACGAGAACAUGACGCUGGUCUCGGUAGACUCAAACAAGAUGUUGGUGUUGACCAUGUUGCUUGGCCAAGUGGUGUAUGAGGCCUUGACCUGGGCGUUGAACAUGGAGUUGGAGACGGAUCUCCAGCUUUCAACUUGCCAGUUCGAGCCUCGAGGCGGCGGCCAGUGUCCCGAGGUGUUGAUUCGGCGCGGCGCGCAAAGGCGGUCCCUCGAGUCCCUAUUUGCCCAAUUGAGCAUUACUUGGAAAGACGGCAUAUUCGUGCCUCGCGAAGCUGGCGGUGACGGUGGCGGUGACGGUAAUGACGAAGAUACCGGCGAACUACCCCGGGACUCUGAUUUGGAGCAAGAUUGCGACGAAUUUAGAGUUGAUUUGGAAAACUGGUAUUGCGAUUGCAUUCAGUACCAACUGAGUAUCGAUCUAAAGAGUCUCCUACUCGACAAGCUGACCGCGGAUGUCCUCCAGUUUAACGAGCUGAAUCACGAUAAUUUCAUUUGGCAAUUGCUUUACCAACUGCGAUGCAACCAGUUGGUCCCCUCACCAAUCUGCUGCCAUUUGCUUGCGCUUUUGAUCGUCUUGUAUAACUACGACAUCCUCGACGAAGAGUCUAUCCUUGUAGCAAAUAAAAGAACAACCUGA